GCGAUUCAGGACUUGCAGCAGAGAAACUCGAGGAUGGCGCUCUGCUCGCUUACCACCCUGGCCAUAGGUCUCCUAUCAGUCUUCCAUCCUACAGAUUCUUCCUCAGCUCAUUAUGACAAGAUUUUGUCCCACAGCCGGAUCAGAGCACGUAACCAAGGCCCAAAUGUCUGUGCUCUCCAGCAAGUUAUGGGGACCAACAAGAAAUACUUCAGUACCUGCAGGAACUGGUACCAGGGAGCCAUCUGUGGAAAGAAAGCAACUGUCUUAUAUGAAUGCUGCCCUGGCUACAUGAAGAUGGACGGAGAGCGCGGAUGCCCUGCAGUUGCUCCCAUUGAUCACGUAUAUGGCACUUUGGGGAUUGUGGGAGCAACAUCUACGCAACAGUAUUCCGACAUGUCAAAACUGAGAGAAGAAAUUGAAGGGCCUGGAUCUUACACGUUCUUUGCACCCAGCAAUGAAGCCUGGGACCUCUUGGAUCGGGAAAUCCAUAGCGGGCUGAUUGAAAAUGUCAACAUUGAACUAUACAAUGCCCUCCAUAACCACAUGGUAGAUAAGCGUUUGCUAACGAAGGACCUUAGGAAUGGCCUCACAGUGGUGUCCAUGUAUAACAAUCAAAACCUGCAUAUUAAUCACUAUCCCAACGGGGUUGUUACUGUUAACUGUGCCAGAAUCAUCCACGGCAAUCAGAUUGCCACAAACGGCGUUGUUCAUGUUAUUGACCGUGUGCUGACCCCAGUUGGAAAUACCAUUCAAGACUUCAUUGAGGCAGAAGAUGACCUCACAUCUCUCAGAGCAGCUGCCAUUGCAUCAGGUGUGAUGGACACUCUUGGAAAGCCUGGCCAUUACACACUCUUUGCUCCCACCAAUGAUGCUUUUGCAAAACUGCCUCGUGGAGUGCUGGAAAGGAUCAUGAGUGACAAGGUGGCUUCUGAAGCUCUGAUGAAAUUCCAUGUUUUGAACACUCUUCAGUGUUCUGAAGCCAUCAUGGGUGGGGCCGUCUAUGAUACUCUAGAAGGGAACACUGUUGAAGUUGGCUGCGAUGGAGAAAGCCUGACGGUGAAUGGGGUGAAAAUGGUCAACCGGAAAGACAUUGUGACAACCAAUGGCGUCAUUCACCUGAUAGACCAAGUGCUGAUUCCUGACUCUGCAAAGCAGGUGAUAGAGCUUGCUGGACCCCAACAGGCCACUUUCAAAGACUUGGUUGCUCAACUGGGCUUGGCUUCAUCUCUAAGGCCAGAAGAGGAAUACACUCUACUUGCUCCCCUGAAUGGUGCCUUUUCUGAGGAUACCUUGACCAUGGACCAAAGGAUUCUCAAACUGAUCCUGCAGAACCACAUUUUGAAAGUGAAAGUUGGCCUGAACGAGCUCUACAAUGGACAGUACUUGGAAUCCCUGGGAGGAAAGAAACUUAGAGUGUUCGUGUAUCGCACAGCGGUAUGUAUUGAAAAUUCAUGCAUGAUCCGAGGAAGCAAAGAAGGAAGGAACGGAUUCAUUCAUGUUUUCAGGCAGAUUAUCCAACCAGCAGAAAAAACUCUUCAUGAAGUGUUGAAAUCGGAUAAACGAUUCAGCACAUUCCUGAGCCUAGUGAAAGCUGCCGAUCUAGAAGAAGUUCUGUCCCAGGAGGGAGCCUGGACUUUGUUUGUCCCAACCAAUGAUGCUUUUAAAGGCUUGACUGAACAAGAGAAACAGAAACUUAUCAGUGACAUAAAUGCACUCAGGAGCAUUCUGCUUUAUCACUUAACACGGGGUGUUUUCAUCGGAAGUGGAUUUGAACCUGGCGUGACCAAUAUUCUCAAAACUAUCCAAGGAGGCAAACUGUAUGUGAAAGUGGUAAAUGACAGUCUUCUGGUGAAUGAACUGAAAUCAAAAGAAUCUGAUCUCAUGGCAACCAAUGGAGUUAUUCAUGUAAUAGACAAGCUCCUGUAUCCUGCAGAUUUGCCUGUUGGAAGUGAUGAGCUCCUAACAAUUCUUAAAAAACUGAUAAAGUACAUUCAGAUCAAGUAUGUCCGUGGCAGCACAUUCGAAGAAAUUCCACAGACAUUUUAUACGACCCGAAUUAUUACUAAAGUUGUGGAUCCCAAGAUUAAAGUAUUUGAAAGCAGCUAUGAGUCCAGCCUUAAUAAAGAAGUGCCAUCCAUUACAAAGUUCACCAGAGUGAUUGAAGGGGAACCAGAAUUCAAAGUGGUCAGGGAAGGCGAGACAGUAACUAAAGUGAUUCAUGGAGAGCCUAUAAUAAAAAAAUAUACGAAAAUAAUUGAUGGCCAUCCUGUGGAAGUGACUGAAAAACAAGUGACCGAAGAAAGAAUUAUUCAAGGUCCUGAAGUAAAAUAUACUCGAAUCACUGCAACUGGUGGGGCAAAUACUGAAGAAACCAUUAAGAAAUUGCUGGAAGAAGAGGUUACCAAGGUGACCAAACUCAUUGAAGGCGAUGGUCAUUUACUUGAAGAUGAAGAACUCAAAAGACUCCUCCAGGGAGCUGGACCUGAGUACACCAAGGUUACUAAAGUAAUUGAGGGAGAACCAAAGAUUAUUGAGACAGAAAUAAAGAAAAUUCAUCUGGAAGAAACACCGGUAAGGAAAGUGCAAACAUCUAGAAGGAUACAAGGAACACCAAGGAGAAGAACAAGACUCGUCCGUCCCGUUGCAAGAAAGCAGAGUCCACCGAAAGAGAACUGAGGCAAUUGCAGCAUUGAGAAAAAUGUCAAUAAACGAAAAAGUCCCAAAAGAAAACAUUGUUAUGCAUAAACGGGAUGAUAUGUUCUCAUACAGGACAGCCAACAUUAACAAUUGGUCACUAAAUACGUUACCCUUUGAAAGCACAGGGGAGAAAAUGUGGUAGUAGGCACCUCCUCCUGAUAAUAUGCCAACUGGGCCCUUAUGAGCAGGGGUUAACUCAGAAUAUAUCAUUUCCUGAGAAUCAGACACACUAAAUUAUAUGACACCUGGGAGGAAACUGAAUUUUAAGUGACAAAAACCUAAAUGAGUGUACACUAUGUUAAACAUGCACUUUUCAUUUGGCAAAACCAUCAAGUUUGAGGGGAAGUUUUAAUGUCAUAAGGACACUAACCACCUUACCUUAAAAUUCAUAAUAAACUUUAUUCAAUGGCACAGCAUCUUCAUUUGCUUUUUGGUCAACUUGGUCUAAUCAUCUGUCCCUUAUUUUCCAAAAUGCAUAUACCUCCUUGACUGAAUUUGAUCAAAGGUCUCACACUAAAAGAUUUUGACACCGUCACAGUUCUUUUCACCCAGGAGUAAGUAGGCUGCUCCUUAGAAAUAGCACCUUCUGCAAACACAUGAUCUAUUACUGCUGCUUUUCAUCUGUCUGAGCAGUAAGGAAGAAGUGCAUUGCCUAGAUUCAGACUCCUCCUGUGUUCAGCAAUGCACACAUACACAUGCUGUAACACAGUAACAUUUUGCAUGAAUCUGAAGGGCAAUCUGUGCAUAGAUGCUCCCCCCCCCCUACGUGUUUUACCAUUGCAGGAUCAGGUCAACUUGCUUAGAAGUAAGGCUUCUUAUCAUUUGACUAAAUGUGCAGUGCAUUUCAGUCAUUGCUUUUCUUUGGGAAAUGCAUGAAGUAGCACUUUUUCCUGCAUAAAUCUGCAAACCCGAGCUUCAACAGAUGACCAACUCCAUUGGCUGAUCUGAAGUACUUGAAAUCAAAAAGAUUAGAAAUGCAGCCCCUGAGUUACAACCUUCUCAGUCUCAAGAAUUCUAUCAGCUUAAAGAGGCGUAAUUCUGUUUAGGAUGAUAUUGUUAAGUGCUUGUGCAUUCCGGAGGACUAAACAGAGUUAAAUCCAAGUACUUGGUCUUCCGUUUGCAAGUUUCAUUUGAUAGCUGAAGAUCUGUGCAAUAUGAAAUCAAUAAAACUUGUACAAGUCUGUGAUUGAGCAACCUAGAGGAAUCAAAGUAAUAAUAAUAUAUAACUCAAUGAUAGCAAUUGUAUAUAUAAUAAAAUCAAAAGGUUUCUAAAAUGUCAGCCUUUUAAAUAAUAUUUGAAUAAUUGAAUUCUAAAAAAGACUGGAUCAAUGAAAUGCCUGCAGAAAGCAAUUCCUGUUUGGUAACAAAUAUAUAAACUGGGGCUUGAUUUGGAAGCUUUUGUAACAAAAAUGCUUUGCUAAUGUCCAACAUUAAUGUGGAUUCUUCUUAAAUUAUCAUUUUUAUAACUAGUUACUUUGCUUCUUUUUUCAUAUUUUUUCUGUCAGUUAUGUGAGGAAAAUAACAUUUCAUCAAGGUGUCUUAAAUCUACAGUGUUUUGUUUUGAAACAAAUAUUCAUAAAAAAAAUUGGCUACAA